CACCAUGAGGUCACUAGGUAAUCUGACUGCAGGAAAGCAGUAGCUACACAGCGAUGUUAUUGGAAACACAAGGCUUUUCUGGUAAACAGGUUAAACUGGGUUUCUGAUGAUGCUGACAUGGGGUCAGAGCUACUAAACUUUAACAGAAAUGAUGGAGUCCUAAAUUAAUCAGUAACAAAAAUUACACAAAGUUUCCUGACAUUGGGGAGGUGAAUAAACGGUUCCCAAGGUUUCAUUCUCAACACAAAGGAAACUCUCACUGACUUGACAUGUUCUGGUUUUGAAUUCAGGCUGCAAGGUAAGAAUCCUACCAGGGAUUAUUCAUGUAGGAUGUUGGUAGAAAGUUGAAGAUACAGAGCCACUUGUCAUCAGAAAGGUGCUCUCUCAGCAGAACCGAAAAUAUUUCAAUGACUUGACAUGUUCUGGUUGUGAAUUCAGGCUACAAGGGGUCAUUGCUCGAUAAUGAGUCUCUCUGGGGAACAUGACACCAAAGCUAAGAGCCCAAUCAAGCAGGAGAGACCAGCCUCCCCUGUACCCAGCUGUGUGUCCAUGAAGAGUGACCGGUCUAUGAUGCAACCUUUACAGUUUAGAGAGGAAGACUUUUCUACUGAACAAAGAAACCAACAGGGGAGAUCAGAGUCGGAGAUUCUCAGUUGUCAGUCUUCCCAGAGUCAUCAUACAGACCUGGCCUCCAUAUUCAGUAUGCUUGAACAGAAAAUAAUGACAUUUGUGAAGAACGAGCUGAAGAUGUUCAAGAGGAUACUUAGUCCAGAACUCCCAGAAGGCUUUGAGAGUCAGAAGCAGGAUAAGGAAGUGGUGGAUGCUGAAGAUGAGAAGCAGGAGAGCAGUGCCAGAGAGGGGGCUCUGAAGAUCACACUGCACAUCCUGAGGAAAAUGAACCAGAAGGAGCUUGCUGACACACUGGAGAAAUAUUCAGAUGAGCUUGCUGUGAUUUGCCAACGUGAACUCAAAUCUAAUCUAAAGAAGAAGUUUCAAUGUGUAUUUGAGGGGAUCGCUAAACAAGGAAACCCAACACUUCUCAAUAAGAUCUACACAGAGCUCUACAUCACAGAGGGUGGAACAGGAGAGGUCAAUAAUGAACAUGAGCUGAGACAGAUUGAGACAACAACCAGGAAACAAGCAAGACCAGAGACUGCAAUCAAAUGUAACGACAUCUUUAAACCCUUAACUGGACAAGAUAAACCUAUCAGAACUGUGCUGACAAAGGGAGUUGCUGGCAUUGGAAAAACAGUCUCUGUGCAGAAGUUCAUUCUGGACUGGGCUGAAGGAAAAGCAAACCAGGAUGUCCAAUUUGUAUUUUCAUUCCCUUUUCGGGAGCUAAAUUUGAUGAAAGAGGACAAACACACUUUCAUUGAACUUCUUAAUCACUUCUCAAUGGAAACCAAACAAUCAGGAAUCUCCAUCUACAACAAGUACAAAGUUCUGUUCAUCUUUGAUGGUCUGGAUGAGUGCCGACUGCCCCUAGACUUCCAGAAGAACAAGAUCUGUUGGGACGUCACAGAGUCAACCUCAGUGGAUGUUCUGCUGACAAAUCUCAUCAGGGGAAAUCUGCUUCCCUCUGCUCUCCUCUGGAUAACUACCCGACCUGCAGCAGCCAAUAAGAUCCCUGCAGCGUGUGUUGACCAGGUGACAGAGGUACGAGGGUUCAAUGACCCACAGAAGGAGGAGUACUUCAGGAAGAGAUUCAGUGAUGAGGACCUGGCCAGCAGAAUCAUCUCACACAUAAAGACAUCAAGGAGCCUCCACAUCAUGUGCCACAUUCCAGUCUUCUGUUGGAUUUCUGCAACAGUCCUUGAACACAUGCUGAAACAUAAGAGAGAAGAGAUGCCCAAGACUCUGACUGAGAUGUACACACACCUUGUGGAGUUUCAUACCAAACAGAAGAAUGAAAAGUAUCUUGGGAAAGAAGAGACAGGUCCACACUGGAAUAAAGAGAGCAUUCUGUCACUGGGGAAACUGGCUUUUCAACAGCUUGUGAAUGGCAAUCUGAUUUUCUAUGAAGAAGACCUGAAAGAGUCUGGCAUUGAUGUUAAUGAAGCCUCAGUGUACUCAGGAUUGUGCACACAGCUCUUUAAAGAGGAAUGUGGGCUGUACCAGGAGAAGGUGUACUGCUUUGUUCAUCUGAGCAUUCAGGAGUUUCUGGCAGCUGUAUAUGUGUUCCUCUCAUUCAUCAACAACAAUGAGAAUCUAAUGGACAAACUGCAAACAAAAGACAAGUCUGUAGUUACUUUCUACAAGAGUGCUGUAGAUAAAGCCUUACAAAGUGAGACGGGAAACCUGGACCUUUUCCUCCGCUUCCUUCUGGGCCUCUCACUGGAGUCCAAUCAGAAGCACUUACGAGGUCUACUGACAAAGACAAGAAGCAGCUCACAGAGCCAUGAAGAAACAGUCGAGUACAUCAAGGAGAAGAUCGGGGAGGAUCUCUCUCCAGAGAGGAGCAUCAAUCUGUUCCACUGUCUGAAUGAACUGAAUGACCAUUCUCUAGUGGAGGGGAUCCAACGAUUCCUGAGAUCAGGAAGUCUCUCAAAACCCAAACUGUCACCUGCACAGUGGUCAGCUCUGGUCUUUGUGUUGCUGACUUCAGAAAAGGAGCAGGAUGUGUUUGACCUGAAGAAAUACUCCAGAUCAGAGGAAGGUCUUCUGAGGCUGCUGCCAGUGGUCAAAGCCUCCAGAGCUGUUCUGCUGUCAGGCUGUGGAGUCACAGAGGAAGGCUGUGCUUCUCUGGUCUCAGCUCUGAGGUCAAACCCCUCACACCUGAGAGAGCUGGACCUGAGCUACAAUCACCCAGGAGACUCAGGAGUCAGACUGCUCUCUGCUGGACUGGAGGAUCCACACUGCAGACUGGAGAAACUCAAGCUGUCAGGCUGUCUAGUUACAGAGGAAGGCUGUGCUUCUCUGGUCUCAGCUCUGAGGUCAAACCCCUCACACCUGAGAGAGCUGGAUCUGAGUAACAAUGACCUGAAGGAUUCAGGAGUGAAGCUGCUCUCUGCUGGACUGGGGAAUCCCCACUGUAAACUGGAGACUCUGAGGCUGUCAGGCUGUCUAGUCACAGAGGAAGGCUGUGCUUCUCUGGUCUCAGCUCUGAGGUCAAACCCCUCACACCUGAGAGAGCUGGACCUGAGCUACAAUCACCCAGGAGACUCAGGAGUCAGACUGCUCUCUGCUGGACUGGAGGAUCCACACUGCAGACUGGAGAAACUCAAUGUGGGACAUGGUGGAGAGAACAGAAUGAAACCUGGGAUUAGAAAAUAUGUCUGUGAUCUCACACUGGACCCAAACACAGUAAACAGACUCCUCUCUCUGUCUGAGGAGAACAGAAAGGUGACAUGUAGGACAGAGGAGCAGCAGUAUCCUGAUCACCCAGAGAGAUUUGAGGGCUGUGAACAGGUGCUGUGUAGAGAGGGUCUGACUGGGCGCUGUUACUGGGAGGUAGAGUGGAGUGGGAGGGCUGAUAUAGGAGUGACAUAUAAAGGAAUCAGCAGGAGAGGAGAGGUUAAUGACUGUUGGCUUGGACACAAUGACAAGUCCUGGAGUCUGUUCUGCUAUGACAACCGUUACAUUGCCAGGCACAAUGAUCAUCCCACUACCAUAGACGUCCCCUCCUCCAGAUCCCACAGAGUAGGAGUGUAUCUGGACUGGCCAGCCGGCACUCUGUCCUUCUAUAGAGCCUCCUCUGACACACUGACCCACCUGAUCACAUUCACCUCCACAUUCACUGAGCCCCUCUAUCCAGGGAUUGGGGUUUGGUGGGAAGGCGACUCAGUGUCCCUCUGUCAGUGAUACACACACACACACUGGGCAAAGACACACAAACUGGACAAUCACACACACACACACACACACACUGGACAAACACACACACACACACUGGACAAACACACACACACUGGACGAAGACACACACACACACUGGACAAACACACACUGGACAAACACACACACACCUGCUGGACACACACUUGACACACACACACUCACACUGGACACACACACACACCUGCUGGACACACACACUAGAUACACACACAUACUGGACACACACACACACACACACACACACACACUGGACUCACAGACACACGCUGGACACACACACACACUGGACGCACACACACACACACACACACACUGGACGCACACACACACACUCACACUGGACACACACACACUCACACUGGACACACACACACACACAAACUGGACACACACACACACAUACACCUGCUGGACACACACAGUGGUUACACACACACACACUGGACACACACACACACACACUCACACUGGACACACACACACACACAAACUGGACACACACACACACAUACACCUGCUGGACACACACAGUGGUUACACACACACACACUGGACUCACAGACACACACUGGACACACACACACACACACUGGACUGACAGACACACACUGGACACACACACACACACACACAAACACACACUGGACUCACACACACACACUGGACACACACAUACACCUGCUGGACACACACACUGGUUACACACACACACACACACUGGACAAACACACACUGGACAAAGACACACUAGACAAAUACACACACACACACUAGACAAACACACACACACACUGGACACACACACACACACACACACUGGACUCACAGACACACACACACACACACACACACACACUGGACAAAUACACACACACACUGGACAAACAGACACUAGACAAAUACACACACACACUAGACAAACACACACACCUACACUGGACACACACACACACACUAGACAAACACACACACAAACACAGAGGACACACACACACACUGGACACACACACUGGACUCACAGACACACACUGGACACACACACACACACACACUGGAAAAAUACACACACACACUAGACAAACACACACACAAACACAGUGGACACACACACACACAUACACACACUGGACUCACAGACACAGACACACACACACACACACACACUAGACAAACACACACACAAACACAGAGGACACACACACACACUGGACACACACACUGGACUCACAGACACACACAGGACAAACACACACACACUGGACACACACACACACAUACACACACUGGACUCACAGACACACACUGGACACACACUGGACACAGACACUGGUCACACACACUCACACACACACACUGGUCACACAUACUCUGGACACACACACACACACCCACUGGACUCACAGACACACACUGGACAAAUACACACCGACACAAACACAGUGCACACACACACACACACACACUGGACUCACAGACUCACACUGGACACACACACACAAACACACGCUGGACACACACACACACACUAGAUACACACAGGACACACACACACUGGACACACACACUCUGGACACACACACACAUGCGCGUCUUUCUAUAGUUGUGAGGACCUCUUACAACAACACUGUUAAAAUACCAAUGUAAUCAUGUGUUGUCUUUUAUGUUGAAAAACUAAUUAUACAAUUAUAUAUAAUUAUAUAUGGACAUACGCUCCAUAGUUGUACAAGUAUACAAGGAUAUAUUGUACUUUUCAUAAUAAAACAUACUUGAAACAAGAAAAGCUUGUUAAUUGUGAAAA